AUGUAUAUUGCAAAGAUAAUGAAGCGUACCUUUGCUUAUGGUGAGGUGCCUGAUCCUCUAACAGUAUACAGGGGCAAGGACUGUGUAACUCGCUUUGUCAACCACUUGGAGGAUGAGGUAAAGCGACUUUACAGCACCUACCCUCAACAGGACAUGUUACCACUAUCGGAGGUACUAAAAAAAGAGCACGACUCCGCCACGAGUUGUCCCAUCUGCAUGAAACCUUUUGAUAACGACGAAUAUAGCCGUAAAGCUCGAGACCAUUGUCAUUACACGGGGCUGUAUAGAGGUGCAGCACAUUCGAUCUGCAACCUCAGAUACAAGAUACCAAACCACGUGCCUGUGAUCUUCCACAACCUAUCUGGGUACGAUGCCCACUUAUUUAUUCGAGAAUUGGGUGAAAAAUAUGAUACUCAGGACAUAAGUUGUAUUGCAGAGAAUACCGGAAAUUAUAUCUCUUUCAAUGUUAAAAUCAAGGUACCCACUGCAGGUAUUGGUGACGGCGAAACGUACAAGAAGAUAGAAAUCAGAUUUAUCGACAGUUGUCGCUUUAUGGCAUCAAGCUUGGAGAAAUUAGCUAAUAAUCUCGAUGAUGAACAAUGCAAAAAUCUCAGUUGGUAUUUCAAUGAGGCUGACAUCUUUAAACUCAUGCGUAAAAAAGGUAUUUACCCUUAUGAAUACAUGAAUAGCUGGCAACGAUUCGAGGAAACUGAACUACCUCCUUUGGAGGCUUUCUAUAGCAAGUUAAACAUGAAUGGGAUUAAUGAUGAAGAAUACGAGCACGCUCAAAAAGUAUGGAAUGCUAUUACUCUAAAUCGUCCAGAGACUACUAUGGGUGACUAUCACGAUGUAUAUUUGCUGACUGAUGUCCUCCUAUUGACUGACGUCUACAAAAACUUUAGAGGUCGCCCCGGCUUAGCAUGGAAGGCAGUACUCAAAUACACGGGUGUAAAGUUGGAGCUCUUAACUGAUCCGGAUAUGUUGCUCCUAUUCGAACGCGGAAUACGAGGUGGUAUAACGCAGAGUGUACACCGAUAUGCUAAGGCUAAUAACAAAUAUAUGGAGGAACAAUACAAUCCUGAUAAGGAAUCGUCGUAUCUGCAGUACAUAGACGCCAACAACCUAUAUGGCUGGGCAAUGAAACAGCCUCUACAAACACAUGGCUUUAUAGAUAAAAAGGAGAUCGAGAAGCUGAUAACCGAUAACAAACAUGGAUAUAUCUUGGAAGUUGACGUUGAUUACCCGAAGGAGCUGCACGAUAAGCAUAAUGAACUACCCUUCAUGCCGGAGCGCAAGGUGGUAUACAGGGUUGAAAAAUUGAUCCCUAAUCUCGAACAUAAGCGGAAAUAUGUGGUACAUAUCAGAGCUCUACACCAAGCCUUGAAACAUGGAUUGGUAUUAACUAAGGUGCACCGCGCUAUCCAGUUUAAACAGAAUGCCUGGCUCCGGGACUAUAUUGAUCACAACACGAAGCUGACAACUGCCGCCCAGAACGAGUUCGAGAAAGAUUUCUAUAAAUUGAUGAAUUUGAGCGUGUUCGGCAAGACCAUGGAAAACAUCCGGAAUCAUAGGAAUAUCAAGCUCGUUACGAAUGAAUCUGCCUAUACAAAGCUUACAAUGCAGCCAAAUUUCAAGAGCGGUAUUUGCUACAGUAAAAAUUUGAUGGGUAUUGAAAUGGGCAGAAUGGGUAUUAAGAUGAACAAACCCGUGUGUAUUGGUCAAGCUAUUUUAGAUCAGUCAAAAACCGUCAUGUAUGAGUUCCACUAUGAGUAUAUGCAGCCCAAGUAA